AUGCAGCAUUCCCCCAGGAAGAGUGCCCGGCUGAACGGAGGGGAAGCCACCCCUAUAACAACAGUGAGUCAGCAGCCAGUCAGUAGUGGAGCAGGAACUCGGACGCGGGUGAACAUCACGGCGGCGUCGAUUCCUUGCCCGGCCACUACGGUGACUACAGUAGCUUCCCAACCUAGAAGAACUGCUGUCACAGCUGCGAGUUCAGUACCGGAGGUGAACCAGCCCCUCGCGUUGGAACUCAUGGAGAGGAUCGCAGCGUUGGAGAGGGAGCUGGAGAAGGCUAGAUCCCUGGAAAGUGUGAGCACCGCCAAUUGCGCGCCAAUCGCAGUUGGCCCAAGCGCAGUUGGCGCCAACAGUGGAGCGUCGGGGCGGCCGCCAUUUUGGAGCGACCAGCCAAUACCCACAUCUAACGGAGAGGCCUUACAUAACGGGGUCGGGUCGGUGCCAUACAACGGUGACGGUGCGAGCGGUGCGGCCUGCACGCUGCCGCCAUCUUCGAGUGGACCGCCAUUGCUAACGACAAGCAACUAUUUUGUGGAGCCACUGUGUGCUACAGGCACUGCGCAGCCAGCGCAUGGACUCGUGCUACCGGGCGUGAGCAUCCACAAUGCGGCAACAGCACUUGUCGGAUCCUACGCCGCGACGACGCCGAGUGGAAUCCAGGGAGCAUAUGGGCCAAGGAAGCUUCCGGACUUGCCUAUAUUUGGAGGGCAGCCCGAGGAGUGGCCGAUCUUCAGCUGUGCGUUCGUGGAGACGACCCGAGCGUACAACUGCACGGACCUGGAGAACAACCAGAGGUUGUUAAAGGCGCUGAAGGAUGAAGCGCGCGAGGCCGUGAAGGCGCUAUUGAUUCAUCCAGGAAAUGUCAGCGCCGUGAUGGAGCAGCUGCGCUUUAGGUUCGGCCGACCGGAGCAGCUUAUACGCAGCCAGCUCAACAACGUGCGAGAGGUGCAGCCAAUUUCGGAGCACAAUUUGGCGAAGAUCAUUCCCUUCGCAACCCGAGUGAGUAACCUCACCUUCUUGCAGUCAGCGAAGGCGGAGCAGCACCUGGGGAACCCAACCCUCAUGGAGGAGCUUGUGGCCAAGCUGCCAACGAGCAAGCGAGUGGACUGGGCCAGGCAUGCUGCAACGAUUGCGCCCUUUCCCACUGUAGUCCACUUCAGCGCGUGGCUACAGGAGUACGCAAACGUGGUGUGCACGGUUUUGGACGUCGAGGGAAAGGAGCCGAGGCGUCGACUUCUACAUGCAAGCGUCGACCAUAAUGAAUGCGAUCAACAGGAUGAUCGGCAUGGAGGUUGUCCCAUCUGUGGAGGACAGCAUGGAAUAUUGAACUGCAGAGAAUUUAUUGGAGCCUCGCCACAGGAAAGGUGGAGCAAUGUGAAGAGGCAUCGGCUCUGCUUCAAUUGCCUGCGAAGCGGGCACACGGCUAGAUCCUGCUAUACGCAAGGUGAGUGCCAGAUUAAUGGAUGCCGAAGGGAGCAUCACCGUCUGCUACAUGGUGCGGACGAGGAGCGAAGGCCGCUGCAGCGAGAUGGCUUCAGACGCCACGAAGGGAACCAGCAGCCAGCAGUUUCCAGACGCAGCCCGGCCAGGAGGCCUUCGCUACGAGGUGGUCACAGGGACCAGGAGAGGAACCGGCAGCCAGCCGUUCCCAGCAACAGCCUGGAGAGAGGAGCUCCGCGUGAAGCGGGAACGCCCAUGCAGAGGAAUUUGAGCUGCGUUGACGCCGAAGGAGGCCGUCUACUGUUCCGUAUACUGCCGGUUACGCUGUACGGAGCGGGGCGAAAGGUGGAUACGUAUGCGCUCCUAGAUGAGGGAUCCUCCGUCACGAUGAUCGACGACGAGCUACGAAAGGAUCUUGGAGUGCAAGGAGAGCGUCGGCAGCUAAAUAUCCAAUGGUUUGGAGGUAAGGCAACCAGAGAGCCUACCAACGUGGUGAGUCUGAAGAUAAGUGGAGUUGGAAAGCCCACUCGCCAUGUAUUGAAAAACGUUUAUGCCGUUUCGAGUUUGAGUUUGCCGAUGCAGACAUUGAGCCGACGAGAUGUCCAGGGCGUGCACAGGGAUGCGCGUCUGCCGAUGAAGCCUUACAGCAACGUGGUGCCGAAGCUGCUCAUCGGCCUGGAUCACGGACAUCUGGGGUUGCCACUUGGGACGAGGUGGUUCGUUCGAGAGGGACCGUAUGCGGCCGCAACCGAGCUGGGCUGGGUUGUGUUUGGGCCUGUAAGUGGGCAACCGACCACGCCGUCACCGAGGUCCUGCCUACUUGCCGUGUCAGUGGAUGACGCGAUGGAAAAGAUGGUGGAGGACUACUUCGACAUGGAGAACUUUGGAGUGAAGCCCGCGCCGCCGGUCGCAGCCAGCGACGAUGUUCGGGCCGAAAGGAUACUCGAAGACACCACGGUGAAAGUGGGGCGUCGCUACCAGACGGGAUUACUUUGGAAGGACGACCACGUUGUGCUGCCACCGAGCUAUGAGAUGGCGUACAGGAGGCUGGUCAACGUCGAGAAGAAGAUGAAGCGCAACAAGCCGUUGGCGCAGGAAUACGAUCGAAUUAUAAAGGAUUACGUGUCUAAAGGAUACGCGAGGAGGCUGCAGCCGGAGGAGGUCGCGGUAAGGAGCGAUCGCCUAUGGUAUUUGCCACAUUUUGGUGUCGAAAACCCAAACAAGCCCGGCAAGGUACGGCUCGUGUUUGAUGCUGCAGCCAAAGUUGGAGGAACCUCGCUAAACUCGGAGCUGGGCAAAAGGCCUCAGCACUAUAAGCCUUUGCCAGCUGUGCUCUUUCACUUCAGAGAGGGAGCCGUCAGAGUCUGCGGUGACAUCAAGGAGAUGUUCCACCAAGUGCUGAUCCGACCCGAGGAUAGAUGUUCCCAACGAUUCCUCUGGAGAGAUGGCGACGACGAGAGAGAUCCGGAUGUCUACGAGAUGAACUAUCGGGAUUCGAAUCCGAGAGCGGUCAAGGCCAUCACCGACUACCAUUAUGUCGAUGACUACGUGGACAGUUUCGCUACAGAGAGCGAGGCUAUCAGCGUAUCUACCCGAGUGAAGGAGAUACACAAGGAUGCUGGAUUCGAAUUAUGCAAAUUUUCAUCCAGCUCACCCACCGUGGAGACGGCUUUAGGACCUGGUCGAGUCAAGAGCGUCGGAUGGGGUGAGGCUGAAGAGAAGAUCCUCGGAAUGCGUUGGCAAGUAGCAACAGAUGACUUCAGAUUCAACGUGGAGUAUCAUCGAGUGCCAAGCAGCGUCCUGAGUGGAGAUCGAGUCCCUACGAAGAGGGAAUAUUUGAGCCUGGUGAUGUCAACGUUCGAUCCCCUGGGAUUCCUGUGCUGCCUCAUGGUUACAGCGAAGCUGCUGCUGCGAGAGAUUUGGAGGCAGAAGAUCCAGUGGGACGAACCACUACCGGAGGAGUUAAGCAAAGCCUUUGCGAUUUGGCGCAAAGAGAUGGACGCCGUGGGACAGUUCCGAUGUCCGCGCCAUUAUUUUGGGCGUGGAGCAGUCCGGGCCGUAGAGUUGCACGUCUUCGUGGGUGCUAGUCAGGCAGCAUUCGCGGCGGUGGCCUAUUGGAGGGUCACAUAUGAGGACGACGACGUGCAGGUGAGCUUCGUGAGUGCGAAGACGAAGUGUGCCCCAAUGAGAACGAUGACGAUCCCACGGCUGGAGCUGCAGGCAGCAGUUCUUGGAACCAGGCUAAUGAACACUGUCAAGGAGGAGCACAGUGUGGUCAUCACGGACCUGGUGUUAUGGACGGACUCCAAGGCGGUGCUGAGAUGGAUCGGCAGCACCCACCGCCGGUAUAAGCAGUUUGUUGGCAACCGAGUGGCGGAGAUUUUGGAGUCGUCGAAGGUUUCCCAAUGGAGAUGGGUGCCUACAGCCGACAAUGCGGCUGAUGAUGCGACGCGGUCGCAGAAAGAAGUCGACCUUAGCCAGGAAUCAAGGUGGCUAAGAGGACCUGCAUUUUUGAGGCAGCCAGCAGCCAGCUGGCCGGGGCCUGAGGAAGGAUCUGAGCGUGUUCCAGAUGCCCCUGAUGAAGAAGAGAUGCCCAGUGAGUUUGCAUUAGUUGCGGCAGACGAUUUUGUUAUUCCGUUUCAGAGAUUCGCAAGCUUCAGUCGCCUGGUGAGGACCACAGCCUGGGUCCUACGGUUUGCGCGCUGGUGCCGCAAACAGCGAAACGAGCUCGAGGAAUACGUCCUUACUGCAGCAGAAUGUAAGGCCGCGGAGAACCUGUUGGUCAGACAGGCACAAUUGGAGUCGUUCCCCGACGAGAUGAGGUCGGCGGAAACUGGACAGGACGUCGCUAGAUCGAGCGACAUUCGAGGGUUGGUGCCCUACCUAGACGAGAACGGGAUUCUGCGUACAGAUGAAGCAUCAAAAUGUGGAUGCUACGAUUGCAAAGAUCCGGACAAAGUUCUGGGUCACAAAGAUGAGGCGUGUGAUGCGGAGAGUCAUCUCAUCGUGCAACGAGUGCAAGUUGCAGCGAGCGCGGCCGAUGCCGCCGAUAAUGGGACCCCAUCCGGAAGACAGACUGGCGAUUCAAAUACACAGGACUGGACUACUUUGGGCCACUGCUGGGCGAUUCACCUGGAGCUGGCGCAUGACCUGUCAACGGAUUCCUGCAUAAUUGCGAUCAGGAACUUCGUCUGCCGUAGAGGGCCAGUAUAUAGACUGCGCAGCGAUAACGGCAAGAACUUCGUGGGAGCUGACAGGGAAGCCAGGCGCUUUGGUGACGUAUUCGAGAUGGAGAAGCUUCAGAGUGAGUUGUCAAGCAGAAGCAUUGAAUGGGUUUUUAAUUGUCCAGCGAACCCGUCUGAGGGCGGAGUUUGGGAGCGCAUGGUGCAGUGCGUCAAACGAGUACUGCGUCAUACCCUGAAGGAAGUUGCGCCGAGGGACCAUGUAUUGGAGAGUUUCCUGAUUGAGGCGGAGAAUAUUGUAAACUCGCGUCCGCUCACCCACUUGCCUGUGGAUGCGGACCAGGAGGCGCCGUUGACGCCAAACGAUCUACUCAAGGGAGUAGCCAAUCUGCCGGAUACGCCUGGAUUGGAUGCGGAGCUGCCCAAGGAGGGUUUUACGAGGAAGCAGUGGAGGAUUGCUCGCCUGUUACGAGACCGUUUCUGGAGGAGGUGGGUCAUGGAGUACCUGCCUACGCUUGUGCGCCGCGAGAAGUGGUGCCGUCGAACGGAGCCCAUCCAUCAGGGUGAUAUGGUCUUCGUCUGCGAUCCUGCCUUGGCCCGACGAGAUUGGCGCAAGGGCAUCGUGGAGGAGAUCUACAGCGGAGCUGAUGGAGUCGUCAGACGCGCUAAGGUGCGCGUGAACGACAACGGCCUAUCUAGGACAAUGAUGCGACCCGUCUCUAAACUUGCAGUUUUGGAUUUGAGUGAAGCGGUUCUUCACGGGGUCGGGGAUGUCGCGGAUCGAAUAUUGUUAUCGAUAGGCUAG